CGAUCAAUCUUCCAAGUUUUUAAAUUAUUACCUAAGAGCGGUUGAGGACAUAACGUCUUGACGUUUUAUUUGAACCAACAGCAACGAAGGUCGGAUAGAAGUGUCUCCGCCUGGUUUACCGUCACCAUCAUGAUUGUGUUGCAAAUAGUGAUUUGUUUUGCUCUACGGUUGCUGUACAUGUCAAGCAGUCAGACUCUGAAUCUGUAUGAGAAUGUUACACUGAGUGGUGGAUGGACUGUCUACCCUAUUAACUUUAUCGUAGUCGAGAAUACGAGUGUUACAUUGCUGUGCAAGCGGAAUGACACGUUCACUCCUGCGUAUCAGGUUAGAUCGUUUGAUGGAAACAUUUUUGGAAAUGUGCUCCUGAAGUUUCAGAAUGAUCUUCUCGUCACGAUUGAACUUGGGACGUUGAAGCUCAAGAUUGACAGAUUCAGUAAGAAAUACGAAGGCGUGUGGCAGUGUACUGCAACAGUGACAAGUUGGAGCUUGCAGUUGGUCCUACCAUCAGUCAGUUUACUGCUCCUAAUACCAACUUGUUGGAUUCCGUGACAAUUACUUGUGGAUCUCCUGGAGCUAAACCAGAUCCUUCUUAUCUGUUCCUCAGGCGGCAGAAAACAGGAGAGAUACUGAAAAAUGCCUCACUUACAAAAACUGUGAGCUAUACUAUUGACAAAGUCAAAGAAACUGAUGCUGGGCUAUACGAGUGUGUUGGUGAAAACAAGGCUGGACGUAGAAGUGGGACAGUGUAUUUUACAGUUCAAAUUGCUCCUCAUAGUCUCAUUCUAAACAGACAAAACACUCACACAAUCAGUCAAAUGGAUAACAUCACAUUUAUAUGCGAGUCUACAGGCAUUCCAGUGCCACGAAUUCGGUGGUUUUGUGAUGACCAAAUGCAAAGGCUGGUGAACAAGGAAGCAAUACAUUGACUAUCACAUCGGCAAAGAAAAUCGACACGGGCACUUACACGUGUGAAGGAAAGAAUGAUGCAGGAGUG